CCGGCGGCAUAACGUGAUUAUACGACGAGCGCACGCCAGCUUCAUCGCGACGCGGCGACCAGAUGCAGUGCCCUCAUCAUCAGACGUGUAUUUUCAGACAGCAAGCUGCGGCAGUAGUUUAUUCUUCCAUGAGUAGAGAUAGGAACUUGAAAGUUAAGUGAUAAAUUUGGCUGUACUGUUACUCGGUCUACUAGGCCCGGGCCUAUUUUGAUUGUCGGGCAAAUCUUUCUUCGGUAGUUACGUGUAGAAUCCACUAGCAAACAUGGCAGAUGCUUCCACCUCGUCUUCAGCAAGGGACGAUAAGCCUACCCAAGAAACAGGAAUGACAGAUGAAAAACAUGACCAGCGGGUGAUUACGAUGAUCGUGGAUGCAGAGAAUCACCUGCUGAAAGGCAUCACGCAGGUCAAUGAGAAGGGUGUACAGUCCACCGAUCCACUCUCUCAGAUGGAGGAGUUUUACCGAGAACAAAGAAACCUUACUGCAUUCAAACUUCGCUUGAAUGAGUACAGGCUGAAGGUGAUUGGCCUGGAGAAAGAGUCCCACAGCAAGCUGUCCGAAGGAAAACUAGAGUGGGCGUUGAACAGAGGCCUGAGACAGUGGCUGUCCUUAAGACGAGAAGUCCUGCUAGAGGAGCAGAACCUCCAAGUUGUCCGUCAAGGAGGCAGACAUGCUCAUAAACUCUCGGUGCCAGGGCUUGGGGAAGAAAAGUCAUUGGACGCCCUCAAACGUCUUAAGAGGGCUGAAGCCUCCCUGGCAGAUGAGCUGAUGCCCAUCCCAAGAAAAGACGAGGGAGAGUACGUAUCCCUUGCUGAAAAACAUGUCAUUUUGUUUCACCUGGAGCAGCUCGUGUGGUAUCAGAGAAUGUGGGUCUGGAAUUUGAGAGAGAUGCUUGAGGAUAGGGCCCCAGAGGUAGCUGCAAAAGGACAGGAGGAGCUCAUCGCUGAAAUGGAAGAGCUCGUCACGGAAAUGCACAAGGUCGUCAGCGCACAGAGAGAAUUGGUCCAGAUGGAGAGAGAUUCCCUCGGCCAGAGACGAGAGACUGGUAGACAGCUUAACAUCCCUGACAUUCCGAGCAAGACGGCAGAUGUAAAGGAGUUGGUCCAACUCAUUUCCGAGCAGAUCCGCUUGACGGAGGCCAGCCCAGUUCACAGUUGCCUUGGGGAGCUGCACCGCACCGACUUGUUGAUGGAGGAUUUUGCCUGCAUCAAUGUCCGUUGGGAAGUCAUCUUUGAGCAUGCAAGGACCAUGAGUUCAAGACAGCGCUUGCUGCAGAAAUCCGUCGUGGAGUCAGCCGAGAUGCUGAGACAGCAAGUGUAUGCCUUGGGAGUAAAUCACCCAGAGAUCUAUCAGAUCCUGCCCCAGGCUUUGGAUCUUGAAGGCGGUAUUCUGCUCAAACAGAUAACAUUUUGGGGAGAGGUUAUCCAGCAGUAUCACUUUCCUCUUGGUGUCUUACAUGUAGUUGCUCAGUCUAGUCGAACUCCUGUACUGGAGAGCACUUCUAGUAUGCCGGGACCCAGUGCAGAGGUUGUCAAGGCAACAACUACAGGAACCUUUGAUGUUCCAGAGAGUUACUCAGAGAGUUAUCCUGAAUUUCAGACCAAGAGCUACUCGUACCCUCUAGAGCUGACUGAUCCCACUGACUUCUUUGCCUCCGAUUCAAGCUCUGAGUCAUCUUCAUCAUCAUCAUCAUCUGUUCCAGCGAGUCCAACAGCCAUCGAGAGUGAGGGGCUGCCUCAAGAUGGUCUAUCCACCAAGCGUACACACCUUCAGCUGAUUCUGAAGGAAUAUGACAGAUUGACAGCGGGGUUGAGCGACAGUGAGCAGCUUGAAAACGUCUUCCAGUUAUCCUACAUGGCCAUUGGCUAUUUUGACCAGCGAGGCGGUAGCUUGGCACUGGUCAAGUACAAGGUCCACCUGUACAUCCCUCGGGGUGCCAUACCUGCAGGCAGUCCCCAGAAAGUGUACAUCUACGUGGACCCCAGCGCUCCACCCAUCGAGGGGUUGCAUCAGUCAAACAUUGCCCUGUCACCGAUGAUUCAGUGCGGUCCAACAGGGUUGACAUUUCUAGACACAGUGGUCCUGUCUUUCCCCCACCAUGCCAAGGCGGGGUUAGGAAGUAAUCUGUGGGCCCUAAUCUGCCAUGAUGAUGAGGCUCCCUCAAAAGAGUGGCAGUUUCUUAGGUUGGAGGAUGGAAUCUUAGUGAUGAUUAGAGAUCGGAAGGCCGUUCUACUGCUGAAGCACUUUUGCGGUGCUGCAUUAGCAGGUGAAUUGCCUGUCGCAAAAAUGAUGAAAGUCGGAGCAUUCGGAGAGCCCUGUGAUCCCCAGGAAGAGUGCUACCCAGUACGGAUUCACAUUUGGAAUGACGAUCCUGUUGCAGAGCAGAAAGUGAUGGACACAGAAAUGAGCUAUGGUAGCAAUACCAAACCAUUGGAUGUUUUCAGAGAACUGGAAGUGGAAUAUGUGCUGGGGGACGUGCAGUUAGAAAUAAAAGGUCUCACAGCGGGUUGGGAACCAGGACCUUCACAUUUGCAGACAAUUCAAAAGAAAAGGGUUUGGAGGUACUGCACAAACUCUGUGACCUUUGCCUUUGAUAGACAGCAAAACUGUGAUGCACGUCUGCGGUGUUAUGGACACGUUUAUCAGGAUGACUUGGAAGAAUCUGUAGGCGCAGAGAAUGGAGAUAAAGUUGAAGUGUUAAUCAGACCAAGUCACAGUCAGCCGGCCAAAGGUGUGGCAGCCUCUGAGAUGAGUGUGCGACCUGGAGAUCUCUGCAGCAAAUGCCGCAAGGGUGAAACAGAAGACUUCUGCCAAACGUGUAAAGACAAGCUGGCCAAGGCAUACUUCAAGAAGGAGCGAGGACAGAUGUACGGUGACUAUGGCGGCCUGUCACCACAGGAUGUGGAGGUUCUUUGCUGGUUGCUAGAAGCAGGGCUGGAAAAAUAUGCCCGCUUGGACCAGCUGAUAGAGAGACUGAUUGGAGCCGGAGACAGUCUGAUCACCUUCAGGGACGUUCUGAAGCUCUUUUUCGCCUCCCAGCGGGAGGAAAAGGUGUCUGAUCAAGAUGCACUGGGGCUCCUUGGAAAGGAGUUUGAUUCCAUGCCCCAAAGAGAAGCCGCUCGGAUCGUUCGAGAGCAUUUAGAUUCAACACGUGAAUGUGUGAAGAGGGGUGCUAGUAAUCUAUCAGAUGAUGAGAUCAUAGAGGAGCAACGAUUUCGGCAACUUGCCAGAGAUUUAGGACCCGAAUGGGAGGAGCUGGCCACGAACCUGGGCAUUAGCUACAAAGAAUUGUCUAAAAUCAAGUCGGAGUAUGCAGGGAGCGUAAACAACCAGAUCUUUGACAUGCUGUGUCAAAGCCGGACCAAGCCCACAAGCGAUCUCAUCGAAGCCCUUCGUGACGUCGAACGGCGCGAUCUGGCCGAGCAGCUAGAGGAACAGUUGAAUAGAAGGAAGAAAUUUUGUUUGGCCAACGAAUCGUAUGGCACAAGGCAAGCUUCACCCUGUGUGGACAUUGAAGGAGGGCAGGUAGAAGGCAACAGGGGCUAAUGAAGAGCACAUGAGUUGCAGACUGUCGAAGUUCUGACUGUCAUGAAUUUGAAUGUCAUUUGAAAUUUGAAGAGAUUAACUGAUGAAUUCCUUUGUCUGGAGUUUCAAAUUUGAAUACAGUUGACUCUCGGUGUAAAGAACAUUGCCAUAACAAAAUAUUGUUAUGAAUGAGCCAAUUUGAGAACUCCAAUUUCUUGCAUUUUUAUGGUCGUCUUUAUUUUCCGCUCCUUUCGUAAGAAACUCCAGGUUAUAUGACAAAGUAAUUUGUCUGGACCCUGUGACUUUGUCAUGAAGCGAGUUGACUAUUGGGUUUAUCCAUGGAGGUAGGAAAAGACCUCCAUGGUUUAGCAGAGCCAUUUACAAUCCAGCUGCACCCUCAUAUGGGGCUGAAGAAUCGGAAGAAUUGUGGGGAAAAGGUCUCCAUCAAAUAACAGCAUUAAUGGUGAUCAGCCGUUGAUGUGGAUCUCUCUACGUUGUCUCCCGGUUCACAAUCGAACCCCCAACCCCAUCCCUGUUUUGCCACCAUUUCUAAUAAUUCCGUGAUCAGUCCAACAUUCUUUCAGUUGAUUACCUGACAUCGGUUUCCUUCGCUAGAUCGUCACCAACUUCUAAGGUGGUAGCUGGUGUCUCAGAGUUACUGAUGACGUCAGAAUACUGACGACAACCUGUAAGCUAGGAAAGAAAGCCCCCUUUUGGGGGGAUAAAUCUUAGAGGCACAUCGUAUUGUGAAUGGCUCCGGUUGGCAAACGAGCCAAAACCAAACCCAAUAUAUUUCUGUUUAAAUUUGCAUCUCCCCAGGCAGUAUUUCUAUCGGUGGUUAUAGGCUAGUCCAGCAACCGGAAUUGGAAGCCAAUACUGCGGGGCCCUCUUGAUCGCAUACAGGUGGCCGGUACGCACGCGUUCAAUUUCUGUCAGACUGAUAGGGUGUUGUGAUGACUUGCAAAAAUGCGCACAAAAAAAAAUCUGCGCAAGAGUGAUGACCCUGCAGGAACGGUGUCUCCUCGAUUUGUCUGUUGACUGCCGUACCCAGCAAAAACCAAAUACGUGUAUUCAGUAUUUUUGCUCGUAAUCGUUCCGAGUCACUGCAUUGGAUAUCAUUUAUGCCAAAGAAAAGAGUUAUUUUCAAACCCACCUUUAACCACUUCGGACCGGGACAUCCUAGUAUUGACACAUCACUACGAUGGUAUUCAUACAACUGGACUAUUUUCUUUAACAGUACCGUGCUUUUGUCAAAAAUGACCAACACGAACUCUGCCACAGUGAAAAACAAAUUUCCCUACACUUUUAUUUUUAUUUAUUCAGUCUUGUCAGAAAGAUGUAUUCAGUUCGAAAUGGGCUGAGCCAACAUUUCCAUAUCCUUGAUUGAGCACAUCAUCCAUGCCAGACCCCAUCAUUAUAAUGUUUUGCAUGGGAGUGUAACACUUUGGGAGGAUAUGAGGUAGUUGGGGAACUUUGAAAGUUCAGCACAAAACCUUACUUCAGUUGCUUUCCUAUCCGUUUCUGACAACUUUUUUUAUUUUUUAAACUAAACGUAAUGCGGCUUUCCUCCCUUUUGUGCUGUUUAUUUUCUAUGUGCAAUGUCGUGGUGACCGGAACUUAAUGCCACACGCACUAUCAAAAAUCGUCCAGGUGUUUCCGGUAAACGGGGAAGGUUAGGCGCUCAAUUUUGGCUCUCUGUUGCCAAAAAAAAACAAAAACAAAAAACACCAAAAAAAAAAAAAAACCAAAGCCUCAUGCUGCUGUAAAAUAUCACCUUGCUCACUGAAACACGUUUAUUAAGCCUUGCCAUUCGCCAUAUAAAUGCAACUACUGUUUGCCUCUGUCUUCCGUUUGAAAAGUGGUUAGUGCUUACAAGGGUCUUGUGAUUGCUUGUUAUUUUUAUGCGUUGUGUGUGUUCCUUCUAUGAAAGGCAAAGUUAUACUUUUACAUGUAGUUUUAUUUUUACCGUAGCAAUAGAGUGCAGCUGAAAUGAUUCUUAUGUCAAUAUCUUAAAUAUUGUUGCUAUUCCGUCUUAGUCAUAGAUGAUGUGAAGUGUGGAGAUUUUUCGUUUUUAGGUUUUUCAUGGGGGGGGGUUGUUUUGCUUUAUAUUUGAUGCAAACUGUCCACCUCUUGCCGAUUGUUGGCCCACGUUCCCUUUGGCAAAAAGUGAAAGGUGUGCCGGCGAUAUUUAUAAUAAGCAGAAAGAGCCAAACGUACAACCAACUCGGCUAGCUGCAUGUGUGUGUGUUUGUGCAUGUUUUAUUUCGACAAUCAAAAACCUUGCCAAUUUCAUUGUAUCUCCCCAGCUUGGACACAACUGUAUGCCUGUGGGUAUUGUAACUAUUCUGUAGGUCUUUGCACUGUGCAUGGACUUUUUAAAAUUUCAAUUAAGUUUGCGAUAUAAAAAAUGCCACUAUAUAUUUUCCGAAAUUGAAAGUUCUACGAGAUGUUUUUGAAAAAAAAAGGAAAAAAAAAACAUAUUUCCAAAUUACUAUGAUAGGUUAAAGAUUAUGAGAUGAGUUAGGGAAAUUGAGAGUGUUGAGUGUGAGUGGAAGAGUUGGCGGGGCAAGUCGUUCCGACAACACAUACAGAGCGAUCUGAGAAAAAAAAUCCCAAUGUUUCUAGAUCUCGUAGAAGCAAUCACUUGAAAAAUAUACUUUAUAGGCUACUUGAAACAUGUAACCUACUCAACAUUUUGAAAAUGUAUACUUUUUUGGAACGAGUGGACUUCUGCAGAGAAUACUCCGCAAAAGUGUGGUGCUAUUGAGUCUGAAGCGAAGUGGGGAGUGAAAGGACGUGUAUACCACCCACCCACCAACCUACUGCCUUAAUUAAUUUACACGUCUAUUGCUGUUGAUUUGAGCUUGGUAUGAAGAAUAAUGUAAUGAAGCUACAGAUGGUUUAACGAAUGAUGGUCAUGAGUGCAAAAUGAGAAAAUGCCAUCAUGGGGUGACAGAUGAAAUGCUUGAUUCCAUGAGGCGAAGCCGAGUGAAUCGAACAUUUUAUCCGUUACUGAAUGAAAUUAUUCUUACCACUGCACGAAUGUGAACAAUUCAAUAUUAAUUUCAAACAUUCAGUGUUUAUUUUAUACCGAUUUUAUGCAUGCAUAAGUCUGCUUCUGUUUGAGCAAAUAGGUCCCGCUAGUGUGUAUUAAUAACGUCUGUCAUUUUGCCAGAUUCAUGUCUGAAGCGCUACUUACUUUGUACCGUGCAACGUUAGACUGGUUCAUGUCCCUACGUUAAUUUCCUCAUUCUUACUGGAAAUGAGAUAUCAUAAGGAAGGGUGGUACCAUUGAAUAGAACGAAUUCAGUGACAUGAUCUACGAUACACCAUCAAUCAGAUAACACAAAUUAUUGUAGGUAUUGUAUAAAAUUUUCUGCACAAAGUUAACCAGAGUGGAAUGGAAUAUUUCAUCAAACAAUCACUGAAUGGGACUGCUCUUUCCACUACAUGAAUUAUUCCUGAGAUCUCUCUUAUUAGGGCCUCUAGGCCUUUAGGUGACUGAAUCAAUCAUUGCAACGCCUAUUCCUGUUUCAAUGCAAGUAAAGCAACCGUGACGAAAUUGAUUGAGUGA